AUGCGGUUGAAGCCGUCGAUGACAUGGAUUAUUUUGUCCAUUAUCAGUCUAGCACCUUACAUUGCCUUGCCACUGUCAGGAUUCACUGUCCAGCUCACCACAGGGUAUGCAACAGGGAUGACUCCGAACUCGACUACUUCCCUACUUGGACAAAGACCGGACAACUUCUUGGACCAGACAACGGACGAUGUCUUCACGCGGGCUCUCAAUCGCUGGAGAUUUGCCAGCCCCGCAGUAUUGCCAAGUAGGUCAGCAUAUUAUGUCCCAGCCGACAAUACAUCCAAGCUUGAUAGAAGCUGGCUGCAGUCCUUUCCCAAUGAAUGGCCUGAUGAUCAACAGGUCACAACAUUCAUUGCUCCCCAAUCUCGAGACAUCAUCAACGGGCAUGCAUGGGGUCUUGAGGUAUCCUUGAACUGCACAGUCGUAUCCUCACUUUCACAGUUCAAGCUUCUCAGUCAGAGAAACAAGGACGGAAGUGGCCCCAGAUGCCCACCUAUCAAUUUCAAUAGUUCCAACCUUCUCGAAGAGUUUGAAGGUCUUCCGGACCUAUGUGAUUUCGACGUUUAUCAACUCUCACCGGUCGACAACGAGACAUUCCUCUUGCUUGACCCGAAUCUAUAUUUAUUCCCGCUGGGAAUGAUGGAGAUGGCGGUGCAGUACAAGAAAGAUCCUGCGAUGCUGAACUUCAGUGACUCGAAAUCGGUGCUUCUAGAAGCGGCGUUGUGGCAAAAUCCGAUCGAAAUGACACAGAAUUGCCCUCCUCUCGAGCCACUCUUGACAAAUGACCUCGGAGUCACCGUGGCAGGUUUCCAAAAGAGCUUCGCUCUGAACGAGUUCACCGCCAGCCUCGUUGAACAAACCAACAUGGAGCCCAAGCAGCUCGAUGCAGUAGGCUUUCAAUGCAAAUCCUCAUUUCGAACUGGAACUGCCACCAUCGACGGCCGCCCAGGGACAUACUCAUCCUUCACCGUCCAGGAAGCCGACGCGAUUUUAUCAGCCACACCUGUGCCAUUACCGACCGCAAUUCCGCGCAUCUUUCGCAGCGAAGUCUCGGCAGCUCUUAACCUAUUGGAGAUGAAUUCCGUAACAGCCCUCGACAUAGCCAUUAAUAACCUCAACGUCGACUUCGAGGAGACAGGUGCUGGGAGCUUGAACCCCAUGGCUUACAUAGCCUCCAAUGCAUCGUGGCUACAGAACAUCUACCGAGCCGUCAAUGCCUUCUACCCGCAACCUCUGUAUUGUGAUACCGAGGGGAACGUGAAUGUCACGCUCACCAGCUCCUGGCAACAACUCCAACUACUCAACUCGUCGCAGUUCCUGGCCAGCUUCAUUCGCGCGCACAAAGCGUACGCGCUCGAAAUGACCCGCCCUAGUACUAGCACUGUAGGAAACACCCAAGUGACGGAGAGCUGGGCCGGAGCCCUGAACGCCAUCACGCCCACGCUGAUCAUUGCACCAGGCGACGUGCCGCCGCAGAUCGUGGUCGGGCUGCUGGCAUUCUGGGCGCUGGGAUGCCUAACGCUCGGCCUCACAUUCGGACUCCGCCAUCGAUGGAGCGAGACGCUGGACGGCUUCAGCAUGUUCCGCUUCGGCAGCGACAACCCACACUUCAACACCAAGGAUGGCCGGCGCGGAGGUGUUGGGGGUGGCACCGCGAGGCACUACACCGACUGUCCCGGCCUGAGGGAUCUGCCGGGCCUCGUGGGUGACUCCAGACCCGAUCGCGACGUCGGGUAUAUCACCCUCGUCGAGGAUUGGAGGGGCGUCGCGAGCCGGAGGAAGAAAUAUCUCUGA